UGUCACACACACACCAAUUUCACCAUUCACCAAAUAAAUCUAUCUGCGAUUUGCUCUAUACAUAAUUAUAGUUUUGCUAAAACAGAUUCAUUAUAACAUCGAAAUAAAUAAAGUUUAAAAUGUCCUCGCCGCUGGAAAACUUGGAAACUCAGUUGGAAAUGUUCAUUGAGAACGUCCGUCAAAUACGUAUCAUUGUCAGCGACUUUCAACCGCAGGGCCAGAGCGUCUUAAACCAAAAGAUUCAAUCGCUCGUAACUGGCCUUCAGGAAGUCGACAAGCUGAAAUCUCAAGUUCAAGAUAUCCAUGUUCCUAUAGAAGUAUUUGAUUACAUAGACCAGGGCCGCAACCCACAGCUCUACACCAAGGACUGCAUUGACAAGGCCCUAGCCAAGAAUGAGGAAGUGAAAGGCAAGAUCGACUCCUACAAGCGCUUCAAGAGCCAUCUCCUCGGUGAACUCGGAAAGACCUUCCCUAAUGAAAUAGCUAAAUAUAAAGCUAUUAGGGGUGGUGAAUAAGUUUGAAAGUUUUGGAAUUAUUUUGCCUUUAUAUGUGUAGUUUAGACCCAAAAGGUACUUAGUUGGUUGUCAAUAAGGCAAAUUAUUGUUAUUGACAACUGAAUAAGUAUUGUUUCAAGAUGUAACUUGUAUCACCAGCACUAAUAGAAUGAUCAUGUUUACGGAUAAAAUAAAUCUGGGUGCCUAUUGUCUCUUUCUAGAUAAAAAAAAAAAAAUUUCAGAAUAUUCAAAAUUCAAAAAAGCGGGGAAAUAUUUUUUAUAAUUUUAUAAAUACAGUUGUUCUACCAGUGCUGAUGUGGAUGUAGAAUCUAAGUAAUGUGCCUACAUUACUUAUAGGCUAGUAUGGAAGUAAUAGGGUCUCAUAUUUAUUGUAUGUAAAAUGUGAAGCUUUUUCAACUGAUAGAUUUUUCAUUUAUGGGACGUGUAACCUUUUUCAAUUCUCAAAACUAAAAUCAUGUCCGUCAUGACCUUUAGUAUAUUGAAAUUCAGAUUUGAUUUACGGAAAUAUGUCACUUUCCAUUUAAAUCUGACACCUAUUAUUGAACAUACUAGAUUCUAAACUUGAAUACCAUCGAGGGUUGCGUUUUAUAACUUAUAAUCUCUAUAUGUGUAUCUCUCCAACAAAUAUGGUUAUUAGAGAGAGACACAGACAUAUAGGUUACAAGCCUUUGUAAUACGAACCCAACAAUAAAGUGAAAUGUACCUUUAGCUUGUUAUUUUUAAGGCUAGUUUUUAUAUUUACUCUAAUACAUUACAUGCAUAAAAUAUCAAUCAAAUUGAGACUAUUCAUUAAAAUAAACCCAGCCUUAUUUUAUAAAAUUUCAUUUAAUUUCUUAAAAAUACAAUUAGCUGACCAUAAAACGAAAAAUUAAAAUUGAGAUAAGAAUAAAGAGUAUAUGAGUAUUCAUUGAAAAAUAGAAUGAUAUAAAAAUAGAAAUG